AUGACGAACUGGAUGUACAUAUUAACACACCCGGAAAAACUUUACAACGUAGACGAAAAGGGAUGCCGGAUGACUGUUCAUAAUCAACAGACUGUUUUGGCGCAAAAAGGAGCUCGACGAGUACAUUUAAUUGCACCAGAGCAUGCUGAAAAUGUAUCAAUCGCUAUGUGGGUCAAUGCUGUCGGGACUCUUAUUUCACCAAUGAUAAUAUUUAAAGGGCAGAGGGAGAAGCCUAAAUUUAGUGACAAUUUACCAACUGGCAGUUUCAUAAAAAUGUCACCGAAAGUCAUGACAACCGAAUUAUUUCUGGAAUUCAUAGAAGAAUCUUGGUUUUGCCGCGCUUGCAAAGAAGAUCGUGUGUCGGAUAUGCGACAGUGUGUUAAAUGUCACAUAUGUUAUAGGGAAAUGAUGAUAGUGUUCGUUUACGACACACAGUGCUGUCAGUCUGAAGAAGAUGAUCCAGCUGAAGCGGUGCUAUACUUCCAUCCUGGCUGGGUGUCAGACACGCAGCGGUUGGCCCUUGCUGGACAGGUUGUCGGUACAGCGCACUGCGUCAAGUCUCUCUUCUCACAACCGCUGGCGAUCACGUUGCAGAGCGGGAAAUUUAUUAUUAGAGAAUAUGGCAGAUAUAUUCUGGCAAUAGGUAGCGAUCGUAACAUCCCUGAAUGGGUGCUAAAAAACCGAGCCAGCCUGUUAAUGUCUAUGAUCAAAGUGUAUCACGGCGACCUACAAGCUUUAGCGGCUAGCUUGGACGACCAGAAGAGAUUAGCAGAGAAGCUCUACCAAAUCUUUGAGACAUACCUACCAGUACUGCAAUACGGGUGCCAUAUAUUCCAAAGAGUGCCAAUGUUGAGUCUUCCGAAGAGUGCCACUUCCAUAUACAUGGAAUCAAUGCAAAUAUUGGAACAUUGCCGACGAAAUAAAGGAGUUUUGGGUGGCGUCAUACUUUACAAUAACAAAAUUAUUUCCACACAACUACCACCAAGUUUAACGUCAUAUUUAACAGUGGUUGAUCCGUACCGGAUAAAGUCACCAGCCGAAAGUUUAGAAACACAGAUACCUUUGCCCUUAGGUGCUCAAUUAUUAGUAGUUUACGUAGGGAAGAAAACUUAUAACAAUCUUAAAAACCAAACUGAAAAACUACAGGAAUUUUUCCAAAAUGGUGAAGAAGUUGUAGCGAAAUUAAAAAAGGCACAAGAAGCAGAACGUGAAAAAAUGCGUGACUUUCCUUCUUCUGGUAUGAAGAGAGAUAAAUCCUUACUUUUCACAGCUGUACCCGAAGAAGACCAUUCAAUGAUAUCUCCUCCUAACAAGGACGAAAAUACAGGAAUAGAAAGAAAACAAAGUAUGCCUGAUGUUGUGCCGUUUACUAACAAGCCGAGGCCACGACCGAACAAACUGUCUUUAAGUUUCAAAACUCAGAAAUCUUUAGAUGAAGAUGCCAAAGAAAACGAAAAUGUAUUUACUGGUCAAACCAGUGUAUGUUCCACACCUAUGGUUGAAUACAAAAGAUUACACGGCAACAUGCUAUCUAUCUGCCAAAAUCCUGAUAACGAUGAUACUACAAAUCUGGAACCAGACGUCCUUAUAAAUAUAGAGAGUUGCAAUGGAGUAGUUGAAGAGAAACGUGACAAAACAGUUUUGGACGCCAACUGUAUAGCCGAACAUUUCAUCAACAAACCGGAACCGAUACGUAAACUUGCAAGUGUUACAGAUCUGCAGGAGACAUUCAGAAAACUAUCUUCUCAAACGUCUUCUAAAAUUAAGUUAAAAAACUCCAAAGAUGACAACGGUUCGAGUCCAUCACCGGAGCACAAGAGCCAAAACACACUCACAAUCAACGACCCGCUAUUUCCAGUAUUCAGGAAUGAUGGAGUUGCGAUAUCGGAAUCACUUUUCAACCAAUAUCUCGAACAGUAUUAUUCUGGAAUAAAGCAAAAGUCCAAAGAGGAAAAUAUGUUCAAUUUCAAUAUGAAGCUUUGCGAAUUGGAUAAGUUUAAAGACUUCGAUUCCGAUUUGAUGAAAUCGCCGCAACGAACUCCAAAAAAGGUUGCCAAAGAAUCUCCAAAAAAAGUACAAGCAGAUCAAUCGAAGCGGAAGUCACUAUCAUUGCCCCUAAAAUCAUUAUCAGAAAAUACAGACAUUCAAACUGGGAACGAUUCCGAUGCGAUUAAUUUAAAGAAAAAGUUAUCGGGUGUGCAGUUGACACCUCUCAUGGAGAAAUUAAGUCAUUUGGCGUUUUCAGAUAAGUCAAGUGGAUACAGCAGUAGAGUAAUGACACCUUUAGAAUUAAGAGAAUUUCUUACCCCGGCCUUAGAGAAACAAGUUACAUUUUCUGACAAAAAUAAAGAACAUCGUCAAGAUGAUAGUGACGACUCAGACGCAGAAUCCGAUUGUGAUAUAGACUCAUUACCGACGUAUAGUGAAAAUUCUGUGAAAUGUGCUCUCUUUGUCAGUGGCUUGAAUAAUAUGGCAUUGCUAGCGUUACUUGACAUGGAAGCAGCAAAUGAUGCCGAAACUAUUAAUUCAUUGUGGGAAACGUCAUUGAACGCGUUGGGGCCCAUCGAGCAGAAGUGCCUAGAGCCACUAACGACAGACAGUGAGGUGACAGACUAUAGCUACCUGGUGCUCGACCCCGACUGGGGCACUGUCAAGAAGGGUGGGCCCUGGGCUGCUCUCGACAUCGCCAGCAUGGGCUUCAUACACAACGAAUUCGAGGAGCAUCCCGACCUUACAGAGUUUAUAUUGAGGAGCGAGGAGAGCGUGGUGCUGGGCGCGGCGUGCGGGCGCGCGCAGCUGUACUACACGGAGCGCGGCGCGCGGCCGGCCGGCCCGCCGCCGCCCUCCGACGCGCUGGCCACCGCGCCGCUGCGCGCGCGCCGCCGCCUCGCGCGCGACCACUCCGCGCUGCUGCUCUAGGCGCCACGCUCCACGCUACUGUGACGUGCGCCAGCUAUAAACCACACCCGACUGUGUGGUCGGUUUUAUCGAGACCCGCAUCGUUGCUGGGACUCGUUCUUAAAUUAAAUAUUAAACAAAAACUACUGUGGCAUACACCGCCUACAGACAGUCAGACGUACUAUCCUAUAAAAAAAUAACAUUUACAGAGUAAAUGGUAAAAAUGGUAGGCAACUCGGACCGUGUUAAAAUCUGUCUCCAAACUGACACCGUUUCGAUGACAUGGUCUCAUCUAAUAACGGCUAGACGCACGUCGUCGGUACAUGGUGCCGAACUUUAUUACUAGACUGGACGAACAAUUUUUCUCUUUCAGAUCGAUUAGUAAGGAAAGUAAUUCUUUCACUGACUAAAUACAAAACGAAUAAUUCCAAAAAAACUUUUAUCCUGGUAUCUCAGAAGAAUGACUAACAAAGCUCUGAAAUGUAACAUUCCAAAUUUGGACGGUAAUGAGCAACAACUAACGGCUUCGCAGAACGACGAGGCAGAACGCAGAACGCUCUUUGACCCGAUUUUAUAUGGAACAAUUUUGUAUUGAUAAAUAAUGUAUUUUUAAUUGUGAACUAAUUGAGCUUAAUGUUUAUCGAUAUUAAUUAUGUUCAGAAAAUACAUUUUACUUAACACGAAUUAACUUGACGAUUUAAGUAAUUCACAAUUUUUGAAAA